CACGCCAAUUAUAUACAGGAGUGGGACAACAGACACUUUUUGGUGUGGACUGAUCUGGAGUACAGUGAUGAGCCCGUUGCAACCGAAGAAUAUAUGGAUUGGUUUCGGCAGAUAACUGUUGUGUAUUUAACCAAACCCGGCGUGCAUGCUGAACAGGGCUUCCACGAAACGGCAUCUUCUCAUAGAUUCGCGGUGGAGACACUUCACAACGUGCGCCACUUUCUAAGUGGCCAAGAUACGACAGAACAUCCGGCUUUGGGAACCAUUUCGAGGAUGAUUGAAGAAGGACUGCGGAUAUCCGGAGAGGCUGAGCGGAUGGACUACCGUCCUUCGCAGCGCUCUGCAAUGGACGUGGACGUACCCGUAAGGCAAAAGGCAAAACGACGAACCAAAAAGAAAACCGCCUGCGGAGAGUCGUCAUCUCAGCCCGUACACCGCUCCGAUGACGAUUUUGUGGAACCACCUCCACCUACAUCUGCAGUUCGAGGCCGUCAUUCUGUCAGCCACACCGGUGGUACCGGCGACGACAUUGGCAUCAGUGAUGUCCCCACUUCUCCACCGCGGUCGUCUGUGCAAGAUGACAUUUUUGGGGUGGAUCUAGAGAACGCUACGAUUUGA